GUCUCCCAUACGCCAUGGUGGUUUAGCGAAGUUUGAAUUGAGGAUGCGGCCGCUGCCAUUAUGCCCAAGAAUUGUACUGUGACUAAUUGCUGGCGGCAUGCGGGCCAACUGGCGGCUGAUAAGCGAAGGAUCAGCUUCUACAAGUUUCCAUUGAAUGACAAAGAGAGACUCGCAAAAUGGCUUUCCAACAUGAAAAAGGAGAAAUGGCUUCCAUCUCAAUACCAGUACAUCUGCAGUGAGCACUUUACUCCUGACAACUUUGAAUGGAAAUGGGGGACACGAUACUUGAAAGCAGAUGCUGUACCUACAAUGUUUUCUUUUCCAGAGCAGCCUACGAAAAGGAAAGCCCUUGCUCGAUCAAUUGGAAAUAAAUGGAAAAAAAAGAGGUUGGAAGAUCAUAACAAUGAAGAUGAAAUGAUGUUGCAAAUGCAAACUGUUCCAGUUCAAUCACAUAAAAUGAGUGAGCCAGAUGCGCUUACAUUGUUAGUUAUGACAACAGAACCAACUCUGUCAACUUCAUCAAAUUCAAUUAAUGCAGCUGAUAAGGUACCUGUAACUUCUGGCAGUGUCUGUAUUGACUCUACGUCUGAAUCAAUUACACCAGCUGUUCAACCUUUACUGAAUGUGGCAGUGAAUCCCUUUCAGUUAUUGCAAAUAGACAAAGGCAGAUCUCCUCCACCUGUACUAAUGGAGCCAUCGCUAUUGCCAUUUGGAAAUGUUGCAGCUGUUGAAACUGUUCCACUUACACCAGCAUUGACAUCAGUUCAAACUGGAACAACAGCUACAGCUUUGCCAACAGUUGAAACUUCACAGCUUGUGUCAACACAGAUAUGUGAGGAAUCAGAGCCAGGACCAGUAGAAACGGUGCUUCCAGCUGCUCAAGAUAUUGAAAUGCUGACAUCGUUCCAGUUAAAACCUCCAACAUCAGUCCCUUUUACUCCAGCAAUGUCCAAUUUUGAGGAUGUUGAAACUGCUUCAGCUGCAGUAUCGACUGAUCAAACAUUAUCACUCACCAACCUAUCUUCUCCAACAUCAUCCAUAUUAAUGGCAGCAGCAACUGAAACUUUGACAAAACUGUCUGGCUUUGAAACACUACUGACAGUGCCUUCUGCUGUCGUUGUACCAAUUAUGUCAACUUCACCAAUCGUGCAAAAUCACGCAGUUAUGCCCACUGGGGCAGUCAUUGCUGCAGUAGAAACAGUUGUGCCUGCACUGCCUGACCUCUCAGAAGUACAAGGUGAACAUUCGUACUACAAAAGUGACCUUACAAUAGAUCAGCUUGAAAGAAUUAUUGCUAACUUGCAAAAAAAAGUGAAAGUUAUACAGCAACGUGAAAGGAGGAAUUCAGUCCGGCUGAAAGCCAUGGAAAGUCUUGUGGACCAACUUAAAAACAAAAAUAUUAUUUCCAAGGAGAAGCUGAAAAUAAUGGAGAUGACUUGCUCACAGACAAACGAUCAAGUGAUUCAUCCUUCCAGUUCUGUCACAGUUGUUUGUGAAGACAACGACAGUAUCAUUUAUGCGCAUCAACAGUCACCAAAUGAUAAUGGUCAUAUGCUUUGAUGAAUAUGUUCAGCUUCAUGGAGAACAAACGAGUCCACUGUUCCGGCAACUGUUUAUUGUUUGUAAAACUUUGUAAUUUUUCAUUUAAAUGAAAAUAUUAAAUUAAAUUUUAUUUCUGCCA